GAAUCAUUUGCAUGGGAGUCGAAAAGUCGUAGGCUGAGUUGGAGAAGGAAAAGAACAAACACGAGGAAAAGACGCAUGUUUUGGAGGUGAGAGAGUCGAGCACGCCGGCCCUCGGCGUUAAUUGGCGGGCUGCUUAGAGUUAACCUUCCACUGCGUCUGCGGACGGUUGACUUUUAAGAGCCCAUUCCUCUAAACUCUGCAGCGCAGCCGAGUCUCCCCAGCUCCCGGUCCGCGAAGCCGGUGGAUCCCCUGCUGCCAGACGCAGAGUCCUCCCGCAGCUUCUGAUUCAAAGACCCUGGUUUUCCUUUGAUUCAUCACGGUCGUCAUGUGGAUGAUUCCCAAUUUAUGAGUACUUCGCUGGGUCUUGUAAUUUUGAAGCCGGCACUUAAAGGAUCUGUUCUUCGGACGAUUUACCUGUGGGAAGUGGAAAGUGGAUGCCCCGAGAGGAAGGAAGAAUAUACAGGUUGUGCUUCUGCUAAGCUUCUCAGGAAACUAGAAUCGUGAAGAAAGGAACUUUCAAGAUGAGUAAUGAUAGUGAGGCUCCGAAGAACAAUGCCUCCGGCAGUGACAACAAUUUGGAUUCAACCUCGAGAUAUGUUUUUACCUGGAAUGGCACCCUCAAAAUCUUAGCACAUCAAGCAUCAGUGUACGGAGUAGCUGCUGGUUACUGCAUCUCUGCAUCCCUGCUCUCCAUCAUCAACAAGUGGGCGGUCAUGGAGUUCCCAUACCCGGGCGCCUUAACAGCCCUGCAGUACCUCACCAGCGUCCUCGGCGUCCUGCUCUGCGGCUGGCUGAAGCUUGUGGAGCACGACUCCCUCAACCUCAAGACCAUGUGGAGGUUCCUCCCCGCUGCCUUCAUGUUCUACGUCUCCAUAUUCACCAACAGCGAGCUCCUCCUCCAUGCCAACGUCGACACCUUCAUCGUCUUCCGCUCCGUCGUCCCCAUAUUCGUGGCCGUCGGGGAGACCCUCUUCCUCGAGCAGCCAUGGCCGUCGCUCAAGACGUGGGCUUCCCUGGCCACCAUCUUCGGGGGCAGCGUCCUCUACGUGCUCACGGACUACCAGUUCACCGUGACCGCCUACGCCUGGGCCGCCGCCUACCUCGUCAGCAUGUCCAUCGACUUCGUCUACAUCAAGCACGUCGUCAUGACCAUCGGCCUCAACACCUGGGGGCUGGUGCUGUACAACAACCUGGAGGCGCUGCUGCUGUUCCCGCUGGAGCUGCUGGUGAUGGGCGAGCUGAACCAGAUGAAGAGCGCCGUCUCCGACGGGACGAACCGGUUCUCCAUCGGCGUGGUGCUGCCGGUGGCGUUGUCGUGCUUGUUCGGCCUGUCCAUAUCCUUCUUCGGGUUCUCCUGCCGGAGGGCGAUCUCCGCAACGGGAUUCACGGUGCUUGGCAUAGUGAACAAGCUGCUGACGGUGGUGAUCAACCUGAUGAUCUGGGACAAGCAUUCCACCUUCGUCGGAACCGUUGGCCUCCUCAUCUGCAUGCUCGGAGGCGUCCUCUACCAGCAGUCCACCACCAAGCCGAAGAAAGCAGAAACCGAGGGCAAGGCCGCCGUCACCGAUGACGAGGAGCAGCAGCGGCUGCUGGAACUGCAGGCUACUGCCGAGAAGGAUUCAGCCGCCAAGCAUGCUAUGGCAGUGAACCCAAAAUGAUGGGAUGAUUCAUGUUUAAUCCUGCCAGGACAGGGACACAGUUGCUGAGAACUCAAUUCAUUUCCAUUCCAUGAAAAGAAGUGAGGUUUGAGAACAAAGCCAGUGUCACAUCACAAUUGGCAUUACUGGCCCAUAAAAUGAUACAUUGGUUCCGGAAUUUGCUAACUAGUUAGAUUUACCUUUUGUUCGUGUA